GGUCACUCCAUAUAAAUUGUGGAGGCUCAAAUGUAAUUAUAAACAAUACCAUGUAUGAAGGUGAUGGUGCUAAAUAUGGAGCCACAUUGAAUUUCGAUCAUGGAACCAAAUGGGGCUUCAUCAGUGCAGGGAACUUCCUUGAUUAUGCAGGAAGGGAUGACAAAAGUUAUGUACUAUCAUCUAAAAAUCAAUCCUUGAUGAGAUUCCCAAAUUUGUACUCCACGGCACGUGCAACUCCUCUCUUUCUCACCUAUUAUACAUAUUGUCUGAAAAAUGGGAAUUACACCGUGAACCUCCACUUUGCGGAGAUAUUAUUCAGGGAUGAAGAACCAUAUAAUAGAGUUGGGAGACGCAUAUUCGAUAUUUAUAUUCAGGGACAAUUAAAGUGGAAAGAUUUUAAUAUCAAGGAGAUAGCUAAUGGGACUGGCAAAGAAAUCAUAAGAUCAUUUAACACCACAGUGACAGACAAUAUCUUGGAGAUCCACUUGUAUUGGGCAGGAAAAGGGACUACUUGUAUCCCAGUUAGAGGAACUUAUGGUCCUCUCAUAUCUGCUAUUUCUGUAUGUCCUGGUUUCAAAUUUAAUUGUGACGAACCUAAAAGUAUUUUACCUAUUGUGGUUGGAGUUGUCACUUCGGUAUUAUUUCUUAUUCUUUGUGUUGUGGGCGUUUUAUGUUGGAGACGCUAUCGUGAACAUAAAAACACAAGAGAAAGAGAUCUUAAAGGGCUAGAUCUGCAGACAGGUACCUUCACUUACAGACAACUAAAAGCUGCCACUAACAAUUUUGAUUCCGCAAACAAGAUUGGAGAAGGUGGUUUUGGAUCCGUAUAUAAGGGCCAACUAUCAGAUGGUACUUUUAUUGCGGUGAAGCAGCUUUCUUCUAAAUCAAGGCAAGGAAAUCGAGAGUUUGUGAAUGAGAUAGGCAUGAUUUCUGGUUUGCAACACCCAAAUCUUGUAAAACUAUUUGGGUGUUGUGUUGAGGGUAACCAUUUACUGUUGGUGUAUGAGUACAUGGAGAAUAAUUGCCUUGCACAUGCACUUUUUGGUAGUUCUGGAAGUACCUUGAGAUUGGAUUGGGCAACAAGACAGAAGAUAUGUGUUGGGAUAGCCAGAGGUCUAGCCUUUCUCCACCAAGGAUCAACUCUCAGGAUGGUUCACAGAGACAUCAAAGCUACAAAUGUGCUCCUUGACAGGGAAUUGAAUGCUAAGAUAUCAGACUUCGGAUUAGCUAAGCUCAGAGAUGAUGAGAACACCCACAUUAGCACUAGAGUUGUUGGAACUAUAGGUUAUAUGGCUCCAGAAUAUGCAUUAUGGGGGUACCUAACUGAAAAGGUAGAUGUUUAUAGCUUUGGGGUGGUUGCUUUGGAGAUUGUCAGUGGGAGAAACAAUGCAGGUUAUCGAGCACAAAAUGCCUGCUUUUGCCUUCUUGAUUGGGCCUUUGAUUUGCAACAGAAAGGGAACUUGAUGGAUUUAGUGGACGAAAAUUUGGCCAACGAGUUCAACAAGAAAGAGGCUGAAAGGAUGAUAAAAGUGGCCCUGUUAUCCUGCAAUGCAACUCCAUCACUUAGACCCACCAUGACAGAGGUAGUUAGUAUGCUUGAGGAACAAACGGAUAUUCAGGAUGUGAUCUCAGAUCCUAGCAUCUAUAACGGUGAUUUGCAAUUAAAACCAUUGGAAGACCAGAGUUCAACGGGAAGCUCGACCCAAAAAUUUUCUUCAGAUCAAACAUCACUUCUUCGUUCCACAACAUCUGCUGACGAUCUCUACUCUAUCAAUUCUGAGAGCAUAAGAGGCCUUACAUCAGCCCAUGAUCUUUAUCCACUCAGUUCCAAUACCAUCUCUCUGAACCAAAAAGAUGGUUCUUCCAUUUCACAUCAUAGUUCUUGAGUCUUACAUAUAGUAAGCUAGAUAUUCAGAGCUAGUUUAUAUAAAUCCUUUAUUUCACUUGGCUAUAA